GAAUAUUUAAUGAGGUCCUUUCGGUUCAUCCCUUUUAACCGUGACCAAAUAGGUCAUAUUUACGUAAAGUAACACUAUUUGGAGCACCCACGCCAUAUUGACCAUCUAACUUCAGUUGUGAAAUUCUACGGUACACAAAAUUAGCAUUUAUUAAGCGAAGAUGAGGUUAUUAAUUCUCUCGCUCCUCUGCAGCUUUGUAUAUUUGCUCGCACUUCAGACUAGCUGCUUUGCUGCAAAGUUUACGAUGUUUCCUAUGGUGGGUCGGAGUCACUACUUAGUUCUUGCGAGGAUAGGAGAAGAAUUGGAAAGCAGAGGUCAUGAGGUGUUGAUUUUUGUGGGGGAUUGUGAAAAGUUUGCUGCGAAGGACCCCCGUGUACGAACAUUCAAGUGCUCAGAAGAUCUCACCAAACUUGACCCAACCAAGAUAGAUCACUUGAUGAAGUUUUGGUUUGACAACUGCGAUGCAAUACUCAGCAACCCUGAGAUCAUGAACCGAGUCAAAUCUUCCGAUGCUGUUAUUGGAGAUGCUGCGUUCCAGUGCUCGUAUUUGAUCGCCGAUAAAUUCUCCUUACCACAUGUUACAGUCUUGAUGAGUCCUCUCAGUACCGGUUCGGUGUUGCAGUUAAACUUUGCACAACUUCCGUCCUACAUACCCCAGUUCACCUCCGGAUUCACCGACCACAUGAAUUUUCUUCAGAGAGUGAAGAAUACCAUGCAACACUUAUUUCAUCAAUUGAUGGUUCUUCCGAAAAUAGACAACGUCUACGGACCGCUAAAGAAGAAGUAUAACAUCACACCAGAGAAAUCCCUCCGAGAGACUUACCAAAAAAUUGACCUUGUCCUUGUUCAAUCGGAUCCCCUCGAUUAUCCAAGGUUUCAUUUACCGAAUACUAAACUGGUUGGUCCAUUACUCUCAAGUCCGGCUAAACCCCUCCCAGGUGAUCUUCAACAGUUUGUCAUGGGGUCUGGGGACGAAGGUGUUAUACUUGUGUCGUUUGGAUCGAUUCUGUCUCAGAUAGACGAUCAAACAAUUGAAAGAAUGGCAGCUGUGUUUUCUAGCUUACCACAGAGAGUUAUCUGGAAACUUGAUGCAGAGGGCAAAAGUUUGCACCUUGGCGACAACGUCAAAGUGUCUUCCUGGCUUCCACAGAACGACAUUCUCGGUCAUCCAAAGACACGUUUGUUCAUUGGCCAUGCUGGAAUGAAUGGAAUGUUGGAGGCUGCUUACCAUGGAGUCCCUAUGAUUUGUGUUCCCUUUUUUGCCGACCAGUUUGAUAACUCUGUGGCGGCAAAGCACUUUGGGAUGGCGGAGAUUUUGCAUAAGGAGUCAAUAACUGAGGAGAGUCUUGUGACGUUAAUAAGCACUGUUCUCAACAAUCCAAGCUACCGCGAGAAUGCUGCUAGAAUUUCCAAGUCUAUCAAGUUGCGCCCGCGUUCUGCCAUCGAGGAGGCCGCUGAAUGGGUGGAGUACGCGCAGGCUCAAGGUGACUUAUCGUUCCUCAGACCACGAAGCCUGGAUCUACCAUUUUAUCAGCUUUACCUUAUGGACGUAUUCACUCUUUUUAUUUUCCUGUUAAUCAUCGUUGUAGCCGCUGUUUAUUUACUGCUCAGGUGUUCCUAUCGCUUGUGCCUCAGGAAAAAGCUGAUAAAAGAAAAGUCGUUCUAAUUGCCCUAUCUUGAAACAUGCGACUGUUGACUUUGCUCAUGUGAUCGGUGCUUUUACAAAUUCGCGCAUUUUGAUAAGACCAUAAAAUUUUUCUAAAUGGAGACUUAUUCAGUUUGCUGUUGUCUUUCGAAAAAUCUUCCAAUACUAUUCAAUCCGAAGGGUACUUGUCACUUUUCGCGAAGAGGCGGAGGGGGGAGGUACUUUCUAGUAAGAGGCUAAUGGGAAUGUGCUGCUGGAGGGGAUCGCUAAUGUGCAAAUAUGCAACGGUGUCACACUGUAAAAUCGGGAAGUAAUACGGAGCAAAAAAAUGUCCAAAAUGGCCGCACUGAACGAUCCAAGCGUUGUUUUUUAUUUCUUUCAAAAGGACAUUAUCUUGUUGGUCUCAAAAAUUAUCUGGAUCAAAAUCAAAAGAUUAAAAUUUGAGCAUUAUGCUUUAGGCGUCACCCCUGAAAAAAAGAAUAAUGCCAAAAAUGAUGCCCAAAAUUUUGUUUUUAUGCUUAAUCUCAAGUAUUUGAGAGCCUCUUAAAAACCCCCGACUGCCAAUUAAUUGCCAAUAAGGGAGGGGGGGAUCAUAAGCCUUAGGGGGGAUCAAGUUACUCGAUAGUAAGACAACCAAAAUCCUACUGACCCGACCCCCUCUCCUCGGUCCCAUUCCUUCAGAAUUUCCAUUGCAAUCAAUAAUAAUGUUUUGCAGGCUAAAGACGUUAAAAUUUUGGCUGUUGGCACCAGAUAAUAUAAGGAAUUUAAGGGUCAGCUGAAAGAAAAUUUUAGCGAAAUAUCUUAUCUGUUCGACAAUAUCAUUUCUGAGAUCUGCAGUAAGUAUGACAUAUCAUUAACAUUAUUGUCGCGUGUUUGUCACCGGUGGGAAAUUUUCCAAAUGAUAAUCAGUAGGAAAGAACCUCCGUCACAUUAUGGUUGACUCGCUUCAACAUGAUCAUGCUCCUUGCCGUAUGGCAGUCGAAAUAAUAAAAUCACAGCAAAAGUU